AAUUGAUCCACCCGUGCCGCCCGUAAGGCCGUAAUAGCAAAACCGGCUGGUUGAACACAGAAUCCCCGCUAAAUAGCUCUGCUUUGGCAAUUGCUUGCGCCGUCCCACUACAACUUGUGGUUUGGCUGGAAAAUGGUCUUCACCCUCUCGACUGCAGCCCCGUGGCUUCUACGGAAGGCAUUUCAACAGUUCGCACUCGUCUCUCGGCCUUUCCCUAAGCCUUCGAAUCUCUCUUUCCAUGGAACCCUUCGCUUACCUCCGGUGGCCUCGCCUCCUCCGAGCCGACAAGUAUCAGGCAUUUGUAGCUCGGCACAAGCUAUGAAGAAUCAAGUUGAUGGGUUGCUCAACGGUGUAGCAGAUAAAGCCGUCAUUGAAGAAGUGAUUGAAGAAGUGAAACACGUUCUUGAAAUGGCUACUAGGGCUACACGUGAUAGACAAGUUCUCCAUACCGAUUUUCUCACACCGCCAACAGUGAGAGAGUCGAUGCUGGCGUUGGAGAAACUGGCUGACAUUACAGCAGUUGUCCAAGGAGGAUAUCCGCAGGCUGAGCGUUGCCGGAUUUCAAUUGGGCAUCCUGAAGUAAUUGCUGAUGAGGAUGCAGAUGCGGUUGCAGCAUUGAGUAUAACAGGAAACUUUGGAUUCGUAUCCUGUACUCAUGGUGACUUCUUAGGUUCAAUUCUUGGUACAGGAAUUGUCAGGGAAAAGUUUGGGGAUGUGUUGCUAUUGGAGGGAGGUAAAGGGGCACAAUUUUUAGUGGUUCCAGAACUUGUUGACUUUAUGACUUCCUCAUUAAACAAGGUCGGAAGUGUUUCAGUUUCAUGUACGAGGAUACCCCUGCAUGAUCUUGAUUAUCAGCCUCCACAGACCAAGACAUUUAGAACAGUAGAAGCAUCACUGAGGUUAGAUGCCCUGGCCAGUGCAGGUUUCAAAAUCUCUCGGUCCAAGCUUGUCGAUUUGAUCAGCAACCGGGAUGUGCGAGUGAAUUGGAGCACGGUCACGAAAAACAAUACAAAUUUGAAGAGUGGAGAUAUCGUCUCAGUCAGCGGGAAAGGAAGACUGAAGGUAGGUGAAAUAAACAAUACAAAGAAAGGGAAGUUUGCCGUGGAGCUCAUUCGAUACAUAUAAACCAGCCUCAAUCAAGCAGAGCUCAUUCCUUCCGUCAGCCGGGUAAAAACUGUUAUAGAUGCUGAAUUGUCUCGAGACAUUGGUUGUUGUACCUCAUAUGAUUCUUGUUAAUGCAGAUUCUGUUUCAUGAUCAUAUUACGACCGAUGAAAAUACGUCACACCCGGCAACUGCAUGUUCAUUUUGUGUUCUUGUCUUGUAUGUAUCUUGUGUAGACUGAAACGUGAUUCCAGUCUCCAGAGACGAGAGAGCACUCAUGGGCCUUGUGAUUGAUUGUGUUAGUUUGGACUUUGGAGGUAAGGGGCCCAGUGGAUAAUUUUCCUUUGGGCCCUCGCUCCCCAGUCUGCACAGAAGACUCGUGGGCCUUGAAUCUUUGCAGGCUUGUGUUGAUGGGCUUGGACCCAGUUUGAGCGUCGAGUAAUUUCCUAAUCCCACAAAAGUUUUAGCUUAACAAUUGUAGCCUAUUGUAGCCUGCCCUGUAGGAUAAAUACCAUAUACCAUUGACGAGAACUCAAAUUAUUUAUCAGAUUAUUAAAAAUAUCUAUAUUGAUAAAU